GGGCGGGCGGGCACAGUGUAGGGUUACAGUCCAUUUAUGGGCGCAGCCGAGGGCAGAUAUCAGUGUCGAUGGCAUUCGCUCCCAGCUAUUCUUAGGAGCCUCCCAGGAGCUCCGCACAGCCUGGCCGGGCAGCAAGGGACGGAGCAGAGGCGGCCGCUGUCAGCACCAGCAUGUCUUACAGUGUGACUCUGACCGGGCCCGGGCCCUGGGGCUUCCGUCUGCAGGGCGGCAAGGACUUCAACAUGCCCCUCACUAUCUCCCGGAUCACUCCAGGCAGCAAGGCAGCCGAGUCCCAGAUCAGCCAGGGUGACCUCGUGGUGGCCAUUGACGGCGUCAACACAGACACCAUGACCCACCUGGAGGCUCAGAACAAGAUCAAGUCUGCCAGCUACAACCUGAGCCUCACCCUGCAGAAGUCAAAGCGUCCCAUUUCCAUCUCCACAACAGCACCCCCGGUCCACUCCCCUCUGCCGGUGAUCCCCCACCAGAAGGUGGUAGCCAACUCUCCAGCCAACGCCGACUACCAGGAACGCUUCAACCCCAGCGCCCUGAAGGACUCGGCCCUGUCCACCCACAAGCCCAUUGAGGUGAAGGGGCUGGGCGGCAAGGCCACCAUCAUCCACGCGCAGUACAACACGCCCAUCAGCAUGUACUCUCAGGACGCCAUCAUGGACGCCAUCGCCGGGCAGGCGCAGGCCCAGGGCAGCGACUUCAGCGGGAGCCUCCCUGUCAAAGACCUCACCGUAGACAGCGCCUCUCCCGUGUACCAGGCUGUGAUUAAGAACCAGAACAAGCCGGAAGACGAGGCUGAGUGGGCCCGCCGCUCCUCCAACCUGCAGUCGCGCUCCUUCCGCAUCCUGGCCCAGAUGACGGGGACGGAAUUCAUGCAAGACCCGGAUGAAGAAGCUCUGCGAAGAUCAAGCACCCCUAUUGAGCAUGCUCCAGUGUGCACCAGCCAGGCCGCCACCCCGCUGCCACCCGCUUCUGCCCAGCUGCCCGCUGCUGCCUCUCCCAGCUCGGCCUCGCCACCCCAUGCUGCCACCGCCUCUGCCGCAGCCCCUGCCUCGAGCCCUGCGGACGGUCCAAGGCCCCAGGCCUCUUCCUACAGCCCCGCAGCAGCCAGCUCUCCAGCACCCGCCGCCCAUACCAGCUCCAGCGAGGGCCCAGCUGCCCCUGCAGCCAAGCCCCGGGUUGUCACCACUGCCAGCAUCCGGCCUUCUGUCUACCAGCCAGUGCCUGCAUCUACCUACAGCCCAUCCCCAGGGGCCAAUUACAGUCCAACUCCCUACACCCCCUCACCUGCCCCUGUCUACACUCCUUCACCUGCCCCCACCUACUCUCCAUCCCCAGCACCAGCCUAUACCCCCUCGCCUGCCCCCAACUAUAAUCCUGCACCCUCAGCGACCUACAGCGGGGGACCUGCAGAGUCUGCUGGCCGUGCCCCCUGGGUGACAGAUGAUAGCUUCGCCCAGAAGUUUGCCCCUGGCAAGAGCACCACCUCCAUCAGCAAGCAGGUCAUGCCCCGGGGGGGCCCAGCCCAGGCGCCCCCCCUUGCCAGGGGCACUGUCCAGAGGGCUGAGCGUUUCCCAGCCAGCAGCCGGACUCCGCUCUGUGGCCACUGCAACAGUGUCAUCCGGGGCCCUUUUCUGGUAGCCAUGGGCCGCUCCUGGCACCCCGAAGAGUUCAACUGUGCCUACUGCAAGACCUCCCUGGCAGAUGUGUGCUUUGUGGAGGAGCAGAACAACGUCUACUGUGAGCGGUGUUACGAGCAGUUCUUUGCCCCCAUCUGUGCCAAGUGCAACACCAAAAUCAUGGGGGAAGUGAUGCAUGCCCUGAGACAGACGUGGCAUACCACCUGCUUUGUCUGUGCAGCCUGCAAGAAGCCUUUCGGGAACAGCCUCUUCCACAUGGAAGAUGGGGAGCCCUACUGUGAGAAAGACUACGUCAAUCUGUUCAGCACCAAGUGUCACGGCUGCGAUUUCCCUGUGGAGGCCGGUGACAAGUUUAUCGAAGCCCUGGGGCAUACUUGGCAUGACACCUGCUUCAUUUGCGCAGUCUGCCACGUGAAUCUGGAGGGGCAGCCAUUCUACUCCAAGAAGGACAGACCCCUGUGCAAGAAGCACGCACACGCCAUCAACGUGUAGGGGUGGAGGCGUCUGGUGCUGACGGGCAGAGCUGCUCUUGCUGCUGGCAACAAAGGAUUCAAGGAGGCUGAUGUUUCUUUUGGGGGGAAGAGGGGAAGAGAGGAAGUGAUUGAGCCCUUUUGAAGUAUAAUUUUAGUUUUUUCUUCGGUGCACAGAUCAUGUAUUUGCAUAGUUCCGACUAGAAGCCAAAUGAAGAUUCAAACCAAGCUAGUAAUUAAUCCAAGACUGGAAUUGUACUUCAAACGUUUAGAACAGAAUUCCAAGAACUCAAAAGUGAAAAACAAAAAGCAACUUUCCCAAAGUGAUACACUUCCCUGUGGUCGUGGUCACCAGAGUAGGGACAGAGCUCAGAGCAGUUAUGGAGAAUCCAAAGCAUUCUGCAGAGUUCUUUAGAGCUCCCCUGGCAAACAAAAUGAAGUGCCAAACAGUCCUUGCUGCAGGGUAUUUUUAGAGCCAUAGCUGAGAGCUUGUUAGCUAAGACCUAUCGGCCUUUCCUCACCAAAAAAGGAAGUGUUAUUCCAUUACUAGCGUCAUGGAGCUACCUCUGUGCAUCAGACUUCGGACCUUGAAUGAACUUGAAACGUUCUAAAGGGAGCCCCCAUGUCCAAAGAGAUGUCUUCUGGGAGCCACUGGGCACUUGCCAGGGCUCCAGGAAGGGCUCUGGCUCACUCUGCAGACAGCUGAGAAAGAUGGGCCUUUCAGCCACCCUCUUUCAGUUUGAAACAGCCAAUGUCCCCAGAAGGCUUAGCUCCUUUUUGAUUUGUGAUGGGAAAGUGGAAUUGGGUUUUUCCAGUUUUGCUUUGCAGUGUGUGAGAGGAGAUUUUAAAGACUCUGGGUUGUGUUUGGCCCUUGUUUUACUUUAAGAGGUUUGUUAGCAUGAGUGUCCAGUCCUGUGCAUGUAUUUCACCCCCAACCUGUGACUGCUCACUCAUGACAUCUUCCUCAGUACCCUCUAUCUCAAACAGGCUUGGUGGCCUAUGGAAAAGAGAGCGAGAGAGACAGAGACAGAGACAGUGUCUAAAACAGGAUGGCAGAAUAGGUUGACAUGCCCACACUCUGGGUGGGGAAGAGGAACCUUACUUUCUGCCAACCUCAGUAAGAGUGCAUGAGGGGGCAGGACCUCCCACCCUCAGGUCUGCACCAACCAUCCUUUUAAUAUAUUCCUUUCAAUGCAGCACAGUGAUUAUGUACAAUUGUGCUGACUGCUGGAAGGAAAAGAUGGACUGAUAUAUAUGCAUUUGCCAUUUUGGCCAAUACUUUUAAAAGCUAUGAGCUGAGUUGAUCUAGCAAUUAUUUAAGUAUUUAUUGAAGUAGACUUGGGCCUUCAAACUUCUUUGCAGUAUUAGUGAUAGUUUGAGUUAAGUAAGCAUUUUAAAGCUGUUUGGUGAUAACGAGAGAAGCUUAAUUUCUGAGGUUGGAAAUGGGAUAGUCACUUUCCUUUUUAGGAAGCACUGUUAUUAUGCUCAUUGAAAACGGCAUUGAAGCAGGCAGUUUGCGUGGCUGUUUCUCACUUGAGCACGGUGUUUAGGCACUCCUCCAACACAAUGCUACUCUGUCCUCACUCCUGUUUUGAAUUUUUCUCUUUGCAUGUUUGAAAUGUUUUAUGGGAAUGCAUUAGAACUCUUUUUCUUCUGAGAACUGAGGCUUCCAGGGGACUGCCAUCCUACCAGUAUGUCUCUCUUCCCCUGCGGGAGAAGGAAGCAGCUAGCUGUGUCCCUAGCAGGAAGCCCGAACUUUUUCCAAGCAUGAAGCCACCAACUUCCCCCAGGGAACAUCAGGGAGGGACAUAAAUGUGCUCCUACCACAGGGCCUUUCUUACCUUUGGUGCCGUGAGAAAGUGAGACAAGGUACCAGGCAGAGUAAAAUCUGCUGGGACUGACUGGAGACUUGUCAGGAGUUGCAAACAAGUACCUUGCAGCAUUCUGUUAUUUUUGGAAAGUUCAAAUAUGCAGGGACAAGGCGGUUGCUGACUUUACAGAACAGCUCUGAGUAGGUUUUCUCCAAAAACAAUCUAUUAAAUUAUCUGGGACUGGUCUCAAGGAAAGAAAAAAGUUCCCCAGAGCUCAGUUUCCAAAAUCUCUUUUUAAAGGUGUUACACACACACACACACACAGACACACACACACACACACACGUGUGAUCCUUAAAAAGUGUAUGAUCAUUAAGAAGAAAAGUGAAAUAUCUCAAAGGACAGAUUCACCAUAGUCCUUUAUUGAAUCAGUUUUUCAACAACUCAGAACUAGUGUAGAUUCUGAGGUACUCUUUUAUUUACCCAAAAAACAGAACAAACAAACAAAAAAUUUUGAAGGUAGCAGGAAAAGGAGGGAGGUUUGAGUGUGGUUUAUUCAGUGUCUGUAACUCUGAUACAGUGUCAGAAUUAAGAUUGUAUCUAGUUCAGAUUAACAUCAUGGAUGUCCUUUAACACCAAAGCAAAUGCAAUUUUUAAUAGUCCAUGAUGGGGUGUAGACUUUGGAGGUAUCAUUCUUGUCUCCUCAUUGUUGACAUUAAUUUAACAUUUAUAAACAUAACUUUUUGAAACUUAGUGACUUGUAUCUGCACUGUUUGUGUUAGGAAUCUAGCUUUUAUAAUGUUAACUUUUCAACCCAGGUACUCUUGCUUUGGGAAUUUUUUUUUUUUUUUUUGGUUAAUAUUUCAGAAGUGGAAUAUAGCAUAUUAGAGGUGUGCACAAAAAAAUAUUUUGCAUGGUUUUUUUGGCCUGUGUGAAUUCCUCUUUUUAGCAAAAUAAAACUCCAAAAAGGAUAUGCAAAUA